UGUGCUUUAUGGUGAAGGGAAUAAAAGAGGAGAGAAAGAGAGAUGGAGCACUUCCACAUGUUGCGGGUUUCUAGGCACCACGCAGUCCACUGUAAACAAAACAGUCUUCCUACCAUGGAGUCUGCUAUUAAUGUUCUGGUCAGCCAGUUCAAGACUUAUGCAGGGAAAGACAGCUCUGCACACACCCUCACCAAAGAGGAAUUUCAAAGCCUUGUUGUCAGCCAGCUCCCGAACCUCGUCAAGAAUGCCACUGAUCCAGCUGUGAUUGACCAGCUCAUGGGCUCACUGGAUGAGAACAAUGACGGAGAACUGACGUUCCAGGAGUUCUGGCAGCUGAUUGGCACGCUGGCGAGCAGACACGCCGGCUACAGCAAAUAAAGUUGCAGCAAGACCAUUUGAAAAAUGCCACUGAUGUACAUUGCAGUAGUCAGGUCAAACAGAAGCUUGGGACUUUCUGGUGUUUAGUUAACCAUUCGCUAAAGCAGGUGAUGCGAAAUAAAAGAACCUAUUGUUAUAUUGCCAA